AUGGCCACAUACCCGAGGGAGGUGGGCGGUGCCAUCACACCCGGGCUGCAGGGGCAGCAGUUACAGCUGAUGAUCAUGAAAGACACUUGCAGCAGCUCUGGGGCAGAGGGGGCCUGGCCCCAUCACACGCUGCUCCGCUUGUGGUUCACCGUCGGUGCGCCGGCUCUGGCCCGCAGGUGCGUGGCCCGCCAUUCCCGGCGCCGCCGCCAGGGGCCGCCGCCGCGCCCCUAUGACACAGCAACAAUAGGGGCCGCUCUGGCCCGCGCGCCCCCGACCGCGCUUCCGCCGGAAGGGAGCCUGCGGCGUGGGGGCGGGAAGGACCUGAUCAUCUUCCCCGACGACUGCGAGUUCAAGCGCGUGCCCCAGUGCCCCAGCGGCCGCGUCUACGUGCUCAAGUUCAAGGCGGGGUCCAAGCGCCUCUUCUUCUGGAUGCAGGAGCCCAAGACGGACCAGGACGAGGAGCACUGCCGCAAGGUCAACGAGUGUCUGAACAACCCGCCGAUGCCCGGGGCCCUGGGGGCCGGAGGCGGCGGCGGCCACGAGCUCUCCGCGCUGGGUGGGGAGGGCGGUCUGCAGAGCCUGCUCGGGAACAUGAGCCACAGCCAGCUCAUGCAGCUCAUCGGGCCCGCCGGCCUCGGGGGCCUCGGUGGGCUGGGGGCCCUGACCGGGCCGGGCCUGGCCAGCUUACUGGGCAGCGGGGCUCCUCCGGCCAGCAGCUCUUCGUCCAGCUCCCGGAGCCAGUCGGCAGCGGUCACCCCGUCCUCCACGGCCUCCUCUGCGCGCGCCACCCCCGCCCCUUCUGCUCCGGCAGCCGCCUCUGCAACCAGCCCGAGUCCUGCGCCCAGUUCGGGCAGCGGCGCCAGCACGGCCGCCAGCCCCACGCAGCCCAUUCAGCUGAGCGAUCUCCAGAGCAUCCUGGCCACCAUGAACGUGCCGGCCGGGCCAGGCGGCGGCCAGCAGGUUGACCUGGCCAGCGUGCUGACCCCCGAGAUCAUGGCGCCCAUCCUCGCCAACGCGGACGUGCAGGAGCGCCUGCUGCCCUACCUGCCCUCGGGCGAGUCGCUGCCCCAGACGGCCGAGGAGAUCCAGAACACGCUCACCUCGCCCCAGUUCCAGCAGGCCUUGGGCAUGUUCAGCGCCGCCCUGGCCUCGGGGCAGCUGGGCCCCCUCAUGUGCCAGUUCGGCUUGCCCACAGAGGCCGUGGAGGCUGCCAACAAGGGCGACGUGGAGGCGUUUGCCAAAGCCAUGCAGAACAGCGCCAGGCCCGAGCCGCCGGAGGGCGACGGGAAGGACAAGAAGGACGAGGAGGAGGACAUGAGCCUGGACUAGCCCUGGCGGCCGCGCGGCCACAGCCCUGUCCCACACCCCAAUAAAGUCUGUCUGCCAGCCCCGGC